AUGAAAUUUGGAUGUGUAUUGCUAUUUGCAUCAUUUGUGGUGGGGACGUCUGAAUUGUUAAAGCGAGAAAAAUAUUGUGAAAUUGAAAACAUUGAAGUUUGUCGAAUUCAGUAUAAAGUUCUGUAUUUCAGCUGCCAGAAACCUUUUUAUGAUGAUAACGAUGCCUUCGAUUACGAUAAUGAUUUUGAGUAUGAAGAGCACUUAUUUACCAAUUUUACACAGUGUUAUUGCGAAUUAGGUCAGGAUUAUUACACCCUAUUAAACGAAUGCAAUAAACAAUGUGGUUUUGAUGAUAACGAGACACCAGAGGUAUUACAUAGUUCAAUGUGCUCUGAGGUUCUGAGGAUGAAGGAGUCUUCAUACAUUGGGGAUUUUGUUUCUUCAUACGAGGUAUAUCAAUCACAAAUUUUGACAGAGACAGAGGGAUGGUACGCUAUAAGCGAUAUACUGGCUCUUCGGGAUGAAUAUAACAGUGAUGAUCUUUCUUCACAAGUAUCAUCAGCAUUGAAAUCCAUAUCUGAUUCCCAGAGGACCAGCGGCUCAACUAAAUCUCAUACAACAACCAAGGACUCUUCUAGUAACCUUGCCGUUACUGUUGGUUGUGGCUCUUUAUUCUCGUUGAUUUUGUUAUCCUUAUUAUGA